GAAGCCGCCGCCGCAAUGCAGCCUUCCUCUGUAUGUGUCAUACUCAUUGUCAUCUGGGUAACCAACCUAUUCCUGUUGGUGCAGAGGGAGGAGAAGCAGCUUGAAGCAUCAUUAGAUGCACUGCUGAGUCAAGUGGCUGAUCUGAAGAACUCACUGGGAAGUUUCAUUUACAAGUUGGAGAAUGAGUAUGACCGGCUGACCUGGCCCUCUGUCCUGGAUAGCUUUGCAUUGCUCUCUGGACAGUUGAACACUCUGAACAAGGUCUUGAAGCAUGAAAAGACGCCACUGUUCCGUAACCAGGUCAUCAUCCCUCUGGUCUUGUCCCCAGACCGAGAUGAAGAUCUCAUGCGGCAGACUGAAGGACGAGUACCUGUGUUCAGCCAUGAGGUGGUCCCUGACCAUCUGAGAACUAAACCUGACCCUGAGGUCGAAGAGCAGGAGAAGCAGCUGACAACAGAUGCUGCCCGCAUUGGUGCUGAUGCAGCUCAGAAGCAGAUCCAGAGCUUGAAUAAAAUGUGCUCAAACCUUCUGGAGAAAAUCAGCAAAGAGGAACGAGAGUCAGAGAGUGGAGGUCUCCGGCCGAACAAGCAGACGUUUAACCCUGCAGACACCAAUGCCUUGGUGGCAGCUGUUGCUUUUGGGAAGGGUCUGUCUAAUUGGAGACCUUCAGGCAGCAGUGGUCCUGGCCAGCCAGGUCAGCCAGGAGCUGGGACAAUCCUUGCAGGAGCCUCAGGAUUACAGCAGGUGCAGAUGGCAGGAGCUCCAAGCCAGCAGCAGCCAAUGCUCAGUGGGGUGCAAAUGGCCCAAGCAGGUCAACCAGGGAAAAUGCCGAGUGGAAUAAAAACCAACAUCAAGUCGGCUUCAAUGCAUCCCUACCAGCGGUGAGUGUGGACGGCAACCUCCACUCCCAGAUGCACUUUGCACAGUUGGGCAGUGAAAUUGCCUUUUGCCCAAAGCUGACCUAAAUGGGUACAAUAAAAAGAACAUGGGCUUUCAGCAACAGAUGUAUUGCAGCUCCACCGCUGACUGGCUGUGUGACCUUGGGCAAGUGACCUAAUUUUUCUGAGCCUGUUUUUGUGUUUAUAAAUGGUGAUAAUACCUACCUCAUAGGGUUGUUGUGAGGAUUAAAAUGAGCAAAUGAAUGUAAAACACUUAGCACAGUAUAU